GUUAAUUCGACAUGGAACGUUAUCAGCCUCGAUAACCAGUUGCUGGAUUGCUAGAUCGUAUAAAAGCCAGUCGGAAGGAUGCAGUAGAUCACCUGUCGAAACAUGAAUCGUUUGAGCCUGCUGUUUGUACUUCUUGGCGCCGCCGCCGUCUUCGGAGGCACUCUCUCCCCGGAGUUCCUUGAAUGGGAAGGUCGCAUUGUCGGUGGUCAAAAUGCUGGCUCCGGUCAGUUCCCGUGGCAGGUUUCACUUCGUUCGUCAGGCAACGCUCACUUCUGCGGUGGUUCGAUCAUCAACAACCGUUGGGUCCUGUCGGCCGCUCACUGCACCGUUGGACGUACCCUGGCCAAUACCCGUGUCGUCGUUGGAACUCAUCUGUUGAACAGCGGUGGCGUUGCCCACAACUCGGCUCGUAUCGUCAACCACCCGUCGUACAAUGCCAACUCCUUGACCAACGAUAUUUCGCUGGUGCAGACUGCUUCGAUCAUCGCCUUCAACAAUCUGGCUCAACCAAUUGGUUUGGGAGCUACCUUCAUCAACACUGCUAGCGGUGCCCUGGCCUCCGGAUGGGGUCAGUUGGGAGCUAACGUAGGAAUCCCGAACAAUCUGCAGUGGCUAAGCACCAGCAUUAUCACCUUGGCCGACUGCCGCAACCGUCACUCGGUCGUCAACCGUGGCCGUGUUCAUGAUAACACCAUCUGCACCCUGAACCCAAGCGGUCAAGGCAUGUGCAUGGGAGAUUCUGGUGGCCCAUUGGUGCAUGGAGGCAAUCAGCAGGGUGUUGUAUCGUGGGGUAUUCCUUGCGGUUUGGGAUCUCCUGAUGUGUUUGCUCGUGUUUCCUCGCACCGUACCUGGAUUCUGAACAAUGCUGUCUAAAUGGGGGAGCUCUAUUGGUAUCCAAUGUAACUCCACUGUGUGUAGUGUAAUGACUUUUGUAGAAAUCUGUCGAAAUAGAGUAUUUUGUCCUUCUCAUAUGUGAGAAAGGCUAUAAUCAUUAAAAAA